AUGAUAUUUAUAAGUAUAAUAGGAUUAUUACUGUCGAAUGCCGUUACUUUAAGGCAGGAUAUGUCGGUUAACUUCAACCGAAUUGCUCUUAUAGAUUUGAUUUAUUGUAUUUUACAUGAUACAAUGAGUUUGUCUAUAAUUAAUAAAGGUAUUGGGCUACAUGGAGGUUUAUUACAUAUUACUAAUAUAACAUUAAUAUUUCAUAUAUUUAUUUUUUUUUUAAGUAUAUUAAUAUUACAAUUAACGAGUUUCUACCCCCGAAAAGCCUGAAUACCUGAACAUUCAUCAUUAAAAGAUAUAAUUUAUCAAAAAUUUUUAAAUUAUAGAACCAAAAUUUUUAAUAAAAUGGGGGAACAUAUGAAAAUUAUCGAAUAUCCUUUAAUAUUAUUAUUUGUUAUCAGUGGAGCAGUCUUUUUAAUGUCUACGAAUGAUUUAGUUUCUAUAUUUCUUUCUAUUGAAUUGCAAAGUUAUGGCUUGUAUUUAUUAAGUACUAUUUAUAGAAAUUCUGAAUUAUCUACAGCAGGGGGUUUAAUUUAUUUUUUAUUAGGUGGUUUAAGCUCGUGCUUUAUUUUAUUAGGUACAAGUUUAUUAUAUAUUAAUUCUGGUACUACAAGUCUGGAUGGGCUUUAUAUACUUAAUAGUAUAAGUGAUGUAAAAGAUGGUGCUGCGGAUAUGCCUGCUUUAACUUCAUGGUAUAAAUCAUAUUAUUUAAAUUUUGCUUUACUAGUAUUUAGUAUAGGGUUUUUAUUUAAAGUAAGUGCAGCACCUUUUCAUUUUUGAUCUCCUGACGUAUAUGAUGCUAUACCCACUAUAGUUACAACAUUUGUGGCUAUAAUAGCUAAAAUUUCUAUUUUUAUAUUUUUGUUAGAAUUAGUUUAUCAUACAAAUAAUUAUUUAUCAGAAUUUAGUUGAACAUACCUUUUAUUAAUAAGUUCUCUUUUUUCAUUAAUAAUUGGAACUGUUGUUGGUUUGACACAAUUUAGAAUUAAGAGAUUACUUGCGUACAGUACUAUCUCUCAUGUAGGUUUUAUAUUAUUAGCUUUAAGUGGUUGUAGUAUAGAAUCAACACAAGCUUUUAUAUUUUAUUUAAUACAAUAUUCUAUAAGUAAUUUAAAUGUGUUUAUUAUAAUAAUUACUAUAGGGUUUUCUUUAUAUGGUUAUAUAACAACAAAUAAAGAAUAUAAAGAUUUAUUAGAUAAAAAUAACUCUCCAAUACAAGUAAUUAGCCAAUUAAAAGGGUAUUUCUAUAUAAAUCCUUUAUUAUCUUUAAGUUUAGCUAUCACAAUUUUCUCUUUUGUGGGUAUACCACCUCUAGUAGGGUUUUUUGCCAAACAGAUGGUAUUAAGUGCUGCUUUAGAUAAUGGUUAUAUUUUCUUAACUUUAAUUGCAAUACUUACUAGUGUAAUUGGUGCAGUUUAUUACUUAAAUAUAAUAAAAAAAAUUUUUUUCUAUUUACCUGAUCAUAGUAUAAAUCCUUCUAUAGGUGAAUUUUUAUUUAAAAAGGGUUUAAUCUUUGAAGCUGGGGAUUUUAAGGGUAGAAUUACACUUAUAUCUAGCCCUUUUUCUAUUACAAUUUCUAUAAUUACAUUGGUAAUAUUAUUAUUUAUAUUUAUGAAUAAAGAAUGAUUAAGUAUGGGUACCAUAUUGGUACAAGUUUUAUUUAGUAAUUAA